AUGGGUGAUGAUGAAAGUGAGAUUAACUCAAUCAAACAAUGGUUGACGACUGAGUUUGAGGUCAAAGACUUGGGUUCGUUACGAUACUUUCUUGGGAUUGAGGUAGCCAGAUCAUCUCGUGGGAUCUUUCUAUCCCAACGAAACUCAUCUUUUGAAGCUAAUCAUAAGCUUUCCAAAUGUGUUGGUACUGAGGUGGAUACUAAGAAAUAUCAACGGUUAGUUGGGAGACUUAUAUACCUUGUUCAUACUAGGCAUGACAUUGCAUAUGUUGUUGGUGUUGUGAGCCUAUACAUGCAUGAUCCUCGUGAGACUCAUAUGGAUGCAGUCCAUCGCAUUCUGAGAUACUUGGAGGCAACAUUGGAUAAUGGCUUGUUGUUUAAACCUCACAAUCACCUAGAUGUUCAAGGAUAUAUCAACUCAGAUUGGACUGCAGUGGAGGACCAUGCAGACAAUCCACCAGCACAGGCUGAACUGAAUGAUUUUGAGGAUGCAGUGAUGUCAAAUCAAGAAAAUCCAUCAGAUCACGUUGAACAGAAUGAUCUCGAUGUUGCCAUUCUGCCCAAUGAAGCUCCGUCACCCCCUGUUCAACCGAAAUCUGUUGAGGAUGUACGUGAGGACAUUGAAGAUGAAUCACUCCUUGUUGAACAGGAAGAUGUAGAGGCUGUAUUUCAGCACAGUCAAGCCAAGUUAAUAUGCAGCAUGAUGCCACCUUAUUUUCCCAAUCCAUUGAAGAAGACAUGA